AUGGCGCCCACACGCCACUACACCGCCGAGCAACUGCUCCACCUUCGCUCCUCACCACUGGUAAAGAAGCCAGAUAACCUCCCCGCGAUCGAGCAGUGGAUAGAUGAAACGCAGCAAUCGCAGCAGCAGACAAAUCGUCGAGAACCUUCCAAUCGGCUACCAAAGUCGACAUUGGCGGCAACGGCGGCUGAGGCUUCGCCUAUGGGCAACUUCAGCACGGGUCAGGGGAGGCCGGGUUUGACUAGUAGGAAUUCUACGGCGAGAGGUGGAGAUGGUGUAACGCUAGGUCCAUCAAAAGCGCUGUUCGCUUCUAGCAGGACGACUGCGAAAUUGGCUGAUUUCGACAAACCUUCUACACCGCUUACUGAAAAUGCGCUAGAGGAGACGGAGGGUCACCGCAACAGUCGGACGUUUGGCGAGAAGCAGCUAAACAGAAAGAGUAUGGGGGCGGACGCCACAGAUGGCCGGACUGGAGAGAGCUGGAGGCGCGCGGACAACGACAAGCCGGACGGGGAUGAACGAAAUGGCAAAUAUGGACGACGUGAUCGGGAGCAGGAUGGAGAUCGUCGCAACGGCUAUGGCGACAGGCCGGAUAGUAGAUGGCAUCGUGAUCGAGAUGAGAAGAGACCAAACGGCGGAGGGCAAGGAGGCUGGCGAGAACGUGAACGGGAGCGCGAGAAGGAUCGGCCUGAGCGUGGUUGGGGCAGAGGACAGGCGGACACGAAGGAGCCGGAGUGGUUUGGAGAGUCUGCUACGAAGCCCGAAGACGAUUUUACUUCUGCGAAGACAGCGGAGGACUUUGAGAAGUGGAAGCAGAGCAUGAAUGCGCAGAACCGGCAAUCUACUGAGAUCACGAAUGAUGCGCCAAUUGAAUCGGUAGCACCGACACCGAUCGCCAAGGAAGCUCCAACGACCAAGACUGUUGCCCCUUUGAAGCUUGAGGGUAUCAUGGGCAAGCCUUUCGGAUCGUGGGACAGUAAGACCGGUAGCGCCAUGCCGGACAGUGCGCCGGUAUCGAGUAAACCAAGCUCGGCAAAGCCAAAGACGAGCAGGUUUCAGGCUAUGUUCAAGGCGCCCGAGCCAGCACAGGAGAUCUUCGAGGCGCCGGCUAACGAAGUUCUCCCGCCUGGCGCGCCUCCACGAGAUGCAGCAGAGGAUAAAGCUGGGUUCGACAGGGUAUUGCAAAUGCUCGGUGGUACUACCAUUGGCCAGGUUGCGACUCCCAAUGAGCCAGCAUCGCCUCAACCACGCCAGGUGUCAAAUGGUAACAAGCCAAAGAGUAGGUUCACCGGCUUUUUCGAUCAGACGCCGAAGAGCCCAGAGAGGAUGCAGGUACCAGAAGAUCAGCCUCCGGUGCCUUUCAUGGCAGCGCCGAGCAGGAACAUGGUCGAGACUCGUGGUAUGGUAGACGAGCCUUCGGGUUUAUAUGGUGUUCGUCUACCCGAGAGGCAACAAUCCAACGAGCAGCCAUCACGGAACCAGAUGCCAAUCACUACGAUGUCGCCCGAACCACCGAUGCCAUCGAACGGCCUACGAGAGCAACAGGGACCACCAUCAGGACGUGUCAAUGACAUCUUCAUCGAGCAGCCGCCAUCAAGGGGCGCUUCCACGCCAGACAUUAAUAUUCAAAACUUGUUGGCUGCGCGACCGACCCCACGCCAGCAGCAGGCAGAUCAGAGCAACUUUUUGCUUGGCUUGCUGCAGACUAAGGGCGCAAGACCACCACCUCAACAGCAGCAACAGCCGAGACCAGACGACAACUUCCAACUGUGGGUCGAGCAGCAGCCGAAGCAAAUGCCAGAGCCCCAUGCACCGAAACCUCGUGCUGCUCCGCCACCAGGCUCGUUUGAGGACCAGCUGCUACGGAACCACAAUGCGAUGGAGGCUCAGAGACAAGUACAGCAACAGCCUCCUCCAAACACGCAAGACGAGCCGGACAUUCGCCGCAUGUCGCAGCGUGUACCGCCGCCAGGAUUCAUGGGCGAGCAGAAUCACAAUCUCUAUCAACAGCCGCCACCGCCACACCACGCUCGAAAUUUCACAGAGCCACCUCGUCAGUUCCAGCAUCCACCACCACCUCAGCAACAACAGCAACAACAUCAUGCUCAUAACAUUCGCCGCAUGAGUGGCCAUCCUGGGCUGCCUCAAAUGGCGAUCCCACAACAACAGCCUCCAUACCCAGCUGAGUUCCUGCAAUCACCACACGCCGCUGCGCCACCACCAGGCUUCAAUCCAGGCAUGCCUCGUCACCCACCAGGUAUCCACAACAUCCCGAACAUCUUCUCCACGCCGCAACCUCCACCCAACCAACAUCAACCACCAAACCAACAACAGCAGCGGGAACCACCAUCCCAGCCUCCGCAGCUUCAACCAGGUUUCGCGUCAAUGCUCCCUCCGACCAAUGGUGGACCGCCGAAUCUAGAUGCUCGCUUACAGCAGCACGCUACCUCACCAAUUGGAGCUGGCGGACCACCUCCACCGGGUUUCUUCGGCGGGUUACAAGGUUAUGGAGGACCGCCGCCUUCUUCCCUCCCCAUGCCUCAGGGUUUCGGCGGACUCAUGCGAGGACCACCCGUUGGUGAUAGGAUGGCAGGGUAUACCGAGCCCAUGCGCGCUGGAGGUGUGGGACCCGGUAGAGUAUACGAUGGAUACGGAGCUCAAGGAGGACGAUAG